AUGAAUACCGAAUAAAUUGUGACAUCCUUUUUCUUAAUACAUACCUUACUGUCUGUUGUUGUUUAUUGUUUAGAACUUGAUAUUUUUAAACUGAUUAUUGAAGGAUUGUUAAUGGCUCUAAUAUUACUAUAUUUUAUAUUUAGGACGAAGAAGAAACUAGUUUUCAUUAUUUAAACUCUUUUAUCCUUUAAUAUAUUCAUAAUUGGACUCAUUGAAAUCAAUUCCUCAUACAUUUUUAUACAUUUUGUUGGUUGGUUCAUUGUAACUCGAAAAUUCUUGAAAAUUAAUAAAACUAUACGCUUACUACAUUCAUUAUUAAUUAUAAUCAGCUCUAUAUAUCAAAUUUGGAGAGAUUGGAGUAUUAAUACUUAUUAAGCAAUCAUACAUAUGUAAGGAAUAUUAAGCUUUUCUGCAUGUUAUUGUUAUUAUGAAUAUCAAAUUCAUAUAAAAUAGAACAACACAGAAACGUUUUAAAGCUCUCAAAAAGUCAUAAGUGAAGAUUUCCAUAGAUUUUUAACUACUCGAAGAUCAAUGAAUACAUUAUGUUCUGAUUUUGUUGUGUUAGAUAUCAUUCCUCAUGGUGUAGUUUUAAUGACUUGUAAAUAUGAAUUCUAACAUAUAAAUGAAAAGGCAAUAGAUUAAAUAUAUGGGUUGACUGGGAUUAAACCAAAUGAAGAUAAUGUUGUAGAUUUAAUAAAUUCAGUUUUAAAAGGGUAAUCAAUUUUAUUCAUAUAUAAGUUUAUUGAGUAAAAAGAAUUCACCUAAAAAUAAGUCUGAAAAAUAGGUUUCAUAAUUGAUAAAUCCAUAAAAUAUAAUAAAUGUUGAUUCUUAUGAUGAUAUCAAACCAACUCCAUUAGAACAUAUUAUUAAUAAUUAAAAAGGAUCAUCAAUAAUGACUGUAAUAUAUAAUAAUUAAUUUAUUAGAGUAAAUUGAUUACAACCUAUUAAUCAUAAGGAAAGAUAAGAAGUGUUAAAUUCUAAAUUUAAAAAUAAGAACUACCAAAUAUAAUAAUCAUUUUAAUAUUAGAUGUUACAUCUAAAAUUGAAAGAAAAAAUUAAGAAAAAAAAUAUAAAUUCUAACAUUAAUUAUUAAAUUCAUUUUCUCAUGAAUUGAGAACUCCUCUUAAUUGUUCAUAAUAAUUAUUAGAAAGUUUAAUAGUAAAAUAAUAAAAUGAAGAAUAAUUAAAAAGUUUAUAUUAGAUUUUUCAUUAAAAUGAUCUACUUUUAUGUUAAAUCAAUGAUAUAUUAGAUUAUGCUUCUAUGGAAACAGAUAAUUUUCAUUCUUUUUAUUCAGUAUUUACACUUGAUCAAUUAUUUAAUUAAUGUCAUGAAAUGUAUGAAUAAGGAUGUAAAUUGAAAAAUAUUAAUUUAAAUAUUAAAAACACUGUUUAUCCUCCUAUUCGUAAUGAUUGUAUGAGAAUUAAAUAAGUGUUAGUUAAUCUAAUUAACAAUUCAAUUAAAUUUUGUUCAUAUAAUGGAAUAAUAACUAUUUAAGCAAAAGAAAAAAUAAAAAAUGAUAAAAAAUUAACAAAAAUUAAAGUUAAAGAUAAUGGAAUUGGAUUUACUUCAUCAUAAUUAGCAUUAAUAAAUCAUGUACUUGAAUAAAAUAAUGAUUAUUUUGAUGCUACUACUUCUAUGUGUAUUGGAUUAGGUUUAAAAGUAGCUAAUAAAUAAGUUAAAUCAUUUAUUAAAGGAUAUAAUAGAUUAAAAAUUAUAUCAAUAUAAAAUUAAAAAACUAGUGUUUCAUUUUAUAUUGAAGAUUAAAUUGAUGAAUAAGAUCUAGAUUGUUAAUCAAGAGCAUCUAAAACUCUCUUCGGUAAUUUGUCAACCAUGACAAAUUCAGAAUAUAAAUUUAUAUCUGCUUUAAAAUGUAAAUGUACUAAAAUUUUGGUUGUUGAUGACAUUCCUUUUAAUCAUUAAGCAUUAUAAAUUAUGUUAAGUGCUUUUAAUUAAACAUGUGAUCAUGCCUUUGAUGGUUUAGAAGCAUUUUAAUGUGUUCAUAAAAGACUUUAAACAAAUAAAUGUCAUCCAUAUUAUUAAUUAAUUUUAAUGGAUAUUGAAAUGCCAAAAAUGAAUGGAUUUGAUUCUGCCAUCAAAAUUACUGAAUUACUAGAUAAAAAUAAACAUUAAACUAAAAUUGUUAUGUGUACAGCAUAUGAUAAUUUAGAAAGUAGAUAAAUUGCUAAAUAAUGUAUGAUAGAUGAUUAUUUACCAAAACCUAUUUAGAGGAGCAAUUUGCUUAAUAUUCUAAAUAUAUUUAUUAAAUGA